AUGCCUGUAUGGGUCGUGUUUGAAGUCAAAUGCCCGACCGUGAAUUUGGAAGACGUCCGCAUAGUCGGAUCUUUGCCUGAACUUGGCUCGUGGGAGUCCUCUCGAGCUUUGCCCUUGGUGACAUCCGAACGGACCUAUCCUGCGUGGCGAACAGCUGAGAUUUCACUGCCCAGCCAGGUCACAGAGGUCGUCCAGUACAAGUACAUCAAGGUGUUCGACGGAUCCUUGGUGCAGUGGGAGGGUGGGCCCAACCGCAUCCUGGACGUGAGCUGUCUGGUAGAGAGGAUGGUAAACUAUGUCGAUGAUUUGACAUUUGACAUCAAUGACACUGUGACGCGCCGGAGCGGGAAUCGCAUACGUUUUCAAGAAACCUCGAAGAGUGCUUCUGUGACGACCAGCCGCUUUGCAAGCAGCGUACCCUCACCUCUACGGGCCAGUCAGACGCCCGUGGAGAAGCAUCCGAACUCUUUGGAGGAUCUCGAGAACGUCUUGCGUGAGCUGAAAGAACUUGAGCUCAUGAAUCUAUCCAGCCGGCCGGAGAUAAGGCAUGCCAUCACUGCCGUACGCGGUGCAAUGGAAGUGGAGAGAUCUGGACGGCUUCGCUUUCGUCGGCCGAUCACCUGCGCCAUGCUGGCUCUGCUCAUGGUGCCAGUUAUGCCGCUGCUCGUGACGGCCGCACUUGUCUCCAAUAACCAGUCAGCGCGUCUGCGCUACAACUCGCUUCUGGCUUCCGCGACGGAGAACGUCAAGCGGCCUCUUCGAAGGCUGCUGGAACCGACGGAUGAACUCAGGGCUUGGACCGUUCUGCCGGGCUGCCACACCUUGCCUAGUGGAGCUGUGCAGAUGGUGACGCAGAGGUGUGUGCCUCCGCGGAGGCGAUUUGAGUAG